GGAGCUCAAAGCAAAGCAAAAGACGACAUACUGAUACCAUCCAACGCCAACCACAAACCACCUUAAUAUUAAUUAAUUAAAAUUAAUAAGAGAGGGAGUGGACAGAGUAAAAGACAGGUCCAAAGUCUUCCUUCCUUCCUUCAUUUCUUCUAUCUCUUGUACCAACCAUUUCUGAUUUCUUCGUUCUUUUCUUUCCAUUGGAUUUGGCACCCAUCCACCAUCACUUCUGGAUCCACCAAACGGAGUCUUUCCCUUACGAUUCCGUUCCAUUCCCCAACCCAAUCCCCCUUAAAAUAAAAGCUCAAUUCUGCUUCCCUUUAUUUUCUUGCUUCUCUGAUGAGAAUCGUUUCAGACCGCUGAAUGGCGGCUAUGACACAUAGAUGGAUGAAUUGCCAGGGGCUUUGGGAACCAGCGCUAGCUUGGCUCUGCGUUUGGGACAGUUCAUCUUCUCGAUCGCUUCUCUUAUCUUCAUGUGUUUGGAUGUUCACUUCUACGCUUAUACUGCUUUCUGGUACCUUGCAACAAAUUGCUUCUACCAAAAGCAGCUUAAUUCGAAAAGUAGUACAAGCAUAUAUGGCCCAUGUGCAAGCUUCUCGGUAACCAUUAUGAGUUUGAUGAUCCCAUGGAGCUUGACCUUGGCCGUGGUGGAUGUGUAUUUUGUCCUUUGUAAGCGUCCAUCUCGUCAGCCAGGCAUAAAGUCAGUAAUUGUUAUAGGAGAUUGGGUUCUCUCGUUUCUGUCGCUGGCUGCAGCUUGCUCAACGGCCAGUGUCACCGAUGUCCUCAUCACUUCCCGCACUCUCUGCAUGGCAAAGUUGUGUAAUAGAUAUCAACUAUCAGCGGCCAUGACAUUCUUGUCUUGGUUUCUAUCAUUAGCCUCCUCUCUCUUCAAUCUAUGGCUUCUCCCUUCCCCAUAAUCAUUUGUUUAAUUACGGCUGGCUAUGUAGUCAGCCAUGUACAGAAAUUUAAUCAAUCGCAUGUGUCGUAUUGAACAAAAGAGUUGUUCUUCAUCUGCUGAUUGAUUGUGGUUGCAAUUUAGAGCGGUUAUGCUAAUUAAUUGGAUAUCGUCUCAUACUGACGUUAUUCUGA